CCGGCCGCCCCGGCCCGCGCCCGCCCGAUCCGCUCCUGCUGGGCGCCCCGCCGGGUCCGGCCCGGGGGCAGGGGCCGCGGCCGCCGAGGAUGGGGAAAUCCAACAGCAAGUUGAAGCCCGAGAUUGUGGAGGAGCUGACCAGGAAGACCUACUUCACCGAGAAGGAAGUCCAGCAGUGGUACAAGGGCUUCAUCAAGGACUGCCCCAGCGGGCAGCUGGACUCCGCCGGCUUCCAGAAGAUCUACAAGCAGUUCUUCCCCUUCGGAGACCCCACCAAGUUCGCCACGUUCGUUUUCAACGUCUUUGACGAGAACAAGGAUGGGCGGAUCGAGUUCUCGGAGUUCAUCCAGGCGCUGUCGGUGACCUCGAGGGGGACCCUGGACGAGAAGCUGCGGUGGGCCUUCAAGCUCUACGACCUGGACAACGACGGCUACAUCACCAGGACCGAGAUGCUGGACAUUGUGGACGCCAUUUACCAGAUGGUGGGGAACACCGUGGAGCUCCCCGAGGAGGAGAACACCCCUGAGAAGAGAGUGGACCGGAUCUUCGCCAUGAUGGACAAGAACGCCGACGGGAAGCUGACGCUGCAGGAGUUCCAGGAGGGGUCCAAGGCCGACCCCUCCAUCGUGCAGGCACUGUCCCUCUACGACGGGCUGGUAUAGUCCACGCCCAGAGCUGGGAUGCCUGGGAACCACUUGCCUCCUCCCGUGCCAUGAGCCGCCUCGGCCCCGGCCCCGCCGCCGCCCUCCUGUGUCCACCUAGCCAAUCUCCACGGGGCUGCCCCUGAACAGAGGCCCGGCUCUCCCCACCCCCAGCUCCCCCUCUCCCCCCGCCUGCUGCACCCACCGCCGCCUGACGCCACCGGCUCCGAUCGCCCACAACCUCUGCUUGUCCAGAAAACAACAGGAGACGGCAAAGCCUCCGCCGGCUGCGAAGCCCAGGACGCAGCUGCUUCGCAGGCCGCGCUCCGUCCCCUGCUCUCCCGCGCAUCUGCUUUUGUUUUUUAUUUCAAACAGACAUUGAAAAAGAGAAGAAAAAAAAAAAAAACCCACACACCUACCUUCUGUUCCAGAAGAUUCGGACCGACAGAUGGGGAGAAGGCCUUGGGGACCUCGGAGAACUCUGCCUUGUCCGUGGGCCACCAGGGAGGCCGCGGAGGCCCCGGCCUGGCCCCGGGUGGGCCCGCGUGUCGGGGGCUGCGUGAUGCCCGUUGUUUGUCACCCCGCCCUCGGGCAGCCAGCCACCCGCGUGGCCGGGAGGAUUGAUGGGACGAUGACUUUCUGUGACGGCGUGUUGUGCUUUUCGUGGGGAAAGAGGUUGCUUUUUAUAUCGUAUGUAACCACCCUUGUUAUUUAUUGGUUGAUAACUGUUGCUGCUGCCUCUGCGUCCGAAGCUCCCAGGGAUGCGGGGUCCCCC